AUGACAUUUACAAACAGUUUGCCUUCGGGUUCUGUGCAAUCAGCGUCGCCAUCUACUUCUUCGUUUUCCUCUUCGACUGAUACAUUGAAAGAUAUCGAUAUCCCUCAUAAUGGGGCCGACUUGUCCACGUAUAGUAAAUUUCUGGCUCUUUAUUGCAGAAGUGACAGAAAUAAUGAAUUCUACUCUUUAGAAGAAAAACAGAACUGUAAGUUUGGAGAACAAUGGCCUACUUUCGUUAAAAGUAUUGAUAGUUUGGAUUGUUCUGGAUCUGAAAUAAGUGGAAGAAUUUCUGAAAGGAUUUUACCAGCAUCAUUAGCCAACAAGUUUACCAAUAAUUUAGGAGUGGCAAUAAAGAUUUCUGAAUAUACGCGUGAUGAUGAAUGCCAAAUUCGUGGUUGUGUUACUACAAUUGAGAAUGAAAAUUCUUUCAACAACUGGUUCAUAUAUCAUAUUUUAAAUCAAUCUCGCUUGUCUUUAAGCGAACAUCCAAUUGUAGCCAAAGAAGUUAAAUAUCAUGAACUAUUUGCUGAUUUUUUUGAGAAAAAUUUAAAGAACACAAUAGUCAAUGAUCAAUGGAAUUUGGAUGGGCGCAAUUAUUUCAUUGAACGCUCAAGGUAUUUUACCGAUAGAUACCUGAGAAUUGAAUGCAUCCUGCCAGCAUUUCCAUGUAAGUCAUCUAAUGAGCAAAAGGUUUAUGGUUCUGUCCCUGAUAAAGGCGAAGAACUUGCUUUGAAAAGGCUAAUCAAAGCUACUCAAGACCUUGUUGAAAUAUAUCCACCAGGUAUGAAAAUAUGGAUCGUUAGCGAUGGUCAUGUUUUUUCAGAUUGUAUUGGGGUUGAUGAUGACGUUGUCAGCACUUAUACAGACAAAUUACACGAAUUGUACGAAAGAGUUGCUAUACCAGGUGUUGACGCUAUUGGAUUUUGUGGAUUGAACGAAUUAUUCUUCAGCGGUGCAGCUAGUGAAAUUUUCAACCCAAGUUGGGUCGCCGAUAUCGAAGUUGCACACUACACAGGAACUCAAAUUUGUCCUAAGUCUGAUUUAUCAAGGCAAAUUCUGAUGAAAGGCUGUGACACAGACGCGGGUCGUUUGAGAAAACAGAUUGCUAUAGAAGGUCAUCCAAGAUUGCAUCUGUAUAGAGGCUUUUCACGUUUUAUGAUGGAAGAUCUGUCAUUAUUGGACCAUUUCCAAAAUUAUUCGAGAAAAAAAUUCAAGAAAAUCAUUUCAAUGAUUGCAUUUAAUAUGAUUAAGAGAAAUGAUGCAUAUUCGAAUCUAGUGGAAUUAAUAUUCCCGCAUCAUUUAAGAAUUUCCAUUCAUGCGCAUACUAACAGCGGGCCCAAAUUUGGUAUAAAAGUAAUCUCCAAUGAACAGUGUUCUAUUGUCAGUUCACUAGAAGACCUUGAUGAACCCAAGUUCGAAGAUUUCUUACAUAUUCCUACACCCUGGCAUAAUUGCGUCGUCAAAGUGGAAGACGAAAAGGAAAAAUACUUUUUAACGAAGUCGAAAGUUAUCAAGGAUGCUCUUGACAGGGGUGAGUAUGACGGUGAAUGGAAAGAUACUCGUUUCGAUAUUGGAGAGGGAGGACAUUUCGUUAUCAAGAAAAUCUCUUAA